CUGGACUUCCCUCCCUCACAUCUGAAACAGCAGCAUACAGGUCACACCAUUUCUGAGAAAUCAGCCUGAUUCUUCCUUCGGUUUGUCCUGAGAGAGGAAAUAAAGACAGAAACCUCAGAUGUCCUUCAGAGGAUCAACAUCUUCCUACUAUCUUGUGGUGCUGCUGUCCUGGACAGGCCUCCUUUAGAAAAGAGGUUCCUAACCUCAGUGGGACUUACCUGGUUAAAUAAGAAACAGGAAGAUACGAAUAUUUCCUGCUGCUGUUAUAACUCAUCUGCAGACUAAACUCAACCAGUUUUCAGUCUCCUUUGUCGGGUCUUCACUGUUUCUACAGAAACUACUUCAACCUGCAUGAAAUGUGCUGAAACCAAACAUAUCAACAGACUGAAUGAUGGACUGUGAAUCUGGAGGGACGAUGGAGGUGGCGGCGCUCGGCCGACCCUUCGGCCUCGGGAUGCUGUACGACUGCCGUAAAGACUCACUGAUCCCUGGAAUAACCCUGUGGGACCGUGGUGAUCUGAAGAAACAUAUCGAAGAGAGACCAAAGCCAUAUAAUGAAUUUGAAAUAGUUGCAUCUGAAUCAAUUGAGGACAAAUCUUCAGCACUAAAUGUUAACGCAUCACUGAAGGCAAGUUUCUUGGGUGGACUGGUUGAAGUUUCUGGAUCUGCCAGUUACCUCAAUGACAGUAAGUCUUCCAGAAAUCAGGCCAGAGUAACACUGAAGUACGAGGCAACCACAAAGAUGCAGGAGCUGUCCAUGGAUCAUCUUGGAAGUGGCAAUAUGAAGCAUCAGUAUGUUUUUGAUAAAGGUUUAGCAACACAUGUGGUCACAGCCAUUCUUUAUGGGGCACAAGCCUUCUUUGUGUUUGACCGUGAGGUGUCUGAAAACGAAGAUCAUCAAGACAUUCGGGGAAACAUGAAAGUGAUGAUCAAAAAAAUCCCCUGCCUUUCUAUAGAUGGUGAUGGUGCCCUGAAAAUGGAAGACAAGGACAAAAAAAACCUUGAUAAAUUCUCCUGCACAUUCAUUGGAGACUUUUGCCUUCAGAAAGCUCCUACAUCCUUUCAGGAAGCAGUAGAAGUCUACCAAAGCCUGCCAACAUUACUGGGAACCAACGGAGAAAAGGCUGUACCAAUGAAGGUCUGGUUGUUGCCACUGGCUAGUUUAGAUUCUUCUGCUGCCAAACUCGUCCGUGAGAUAAGUAUAAGAUUAGUUCAAGAAGCACAAAGAGUCCUUGAGGACUUCAGUGAGCUUGAAAUGAGGUUCAAUGAUGCUCUGAGAUCCACCACUGCACAGCAGUUCCCACAGAUUGGAAAAAAGAUUAAAGGUUUUAAAGAAAUGUGCUCAGAGUUCAAGCUGGAAUUUCAACAAAGCUUAGCAAAGAAACUUCCAUCGAUCCGAGGAGGAGGAGAAGAAGAGGCUGAACUCGCAGAAAUCCUGAAGAAGAGACAUUCUUCACCUUUCAACAGCAAAAACCUGAACGAGUGGAUGGACUGUAAAGCGAGAGAAAUUGCUAUUCUAAAAUCCUUCACCAAAAUGAUGAAAAACACCAAGAUCAUCUCAUCUCAAGCUGGUCUAGAUGAGGAACUUUUCAGUGCAGAGCAUGCUGUGUGUUUCGUCUUCACCUCACUGGGAAGUGAUGAACCAUACCUCUCAGCUUUAUCAAACUACUUACAAGGAACAACCAAACCAGAAGAACUUCAGGAUCCACGGACUCACAAUACAGAGAAAGAACAAUGGUACCGUUCCAAAGAAACAGCAAAUGAAAUGAGGAAAAAAGCAAAACUCUUCAGUGAUUUUGCAGAAGCCAACAUGAAGAACAAGAACACAAAGUUCCUGAUGGUGGGUUUAACAAAUGAGACACAGAAAGGUUCAAGCAUCUACCUUUAUGAAGACGGUUUCUCUGUCAGUGAGAACUUUGAGCCUCCUUCAAAGCCUGAAACUGUGACAGCAGCAGACAUAAACCACAACAGUGUGAAUCUGAAGGUUUCUCCCCCCAGAUUUGGAGCAGAGAACAUCACCUCCUACUUUGUGGAGUUCUGUGUCAGAGGAGAGGAGGAAUGGCAGCAAAAGGAAGUGCUGAAAGCUGGAGAAGUCACAGUGAGCGAUCUGAGUCCAAACACAGAGUACAUGUUCAGAUGCAGAGCAGUGACCUCAGCAGGCGUUGGGCCGGCCAAUGUAGUCAGUGACUCCAUUAAAACCUCACCCUGCAGCCCUCCUGGAGAACCUCACGUUGAAGCAAACUCAUGUGAGAUCUCAGUACGCUGGAAGAAACCUGCUGAGCUCGGACAGGACGUCCAGAUAUUGAGCUACAUCUUGGAGUUCGCACAAACAGACAACAAGGUGAAACAAGAAGAUCUGCAGUGGAAACAAAUGAUGACAACUGCUGAAGAGGCGAUCAUUUCAGGGCUUCAGUCAGAGACAGGAUAUGCAGUCAGGGUCAGAUGUGAUUGUGGUGUCGAUGGAAAAAGCAAAGAAAGCAUCACUGUUAACGUCUCUACAACAACAUUCAAGCGUCUCCCAGAAACAGUCAGACGUACAAGUGAAAGGAUGAACUCUGAUUCACCCUCAGUUUACAAACUGAAACUAGAAGAAGAAGAAGUUUGCACAGACGGCUGCCGGAAGUUUAACUUUAGAAAAGAAAGCAGGAGGGAGAAUCGUACGAUAAUUGUUUCUGGAGGAACCGGAUCAGGAAAGUCGACUCUCAUCAACGGAAUGAUCAACUACAUCCUGGGUGUCCAAUGGGAGGACUCAUAUCGGUUUAAGUUGGUCGAUGAGGAUCAGUGGAGAUCACAAAGUCACAGCCAGACGUCUGAAGUCACGGUGUACAAAAUCAACCACCAGGAGGGAUUCGAAAUUGAUUAUUCACUGACUAUUGUAGACGCUCCAGGCUUUGGAGAUACAAGAGGCACAGAAAGAGACAGAGAAAUUGUAGAGCAGCUACGUAAUCUCUUCUCUGAUCAUCGUGGUGUCACAGAAAUUGAUGCUGUGUGUUUUGUAGUUCAGUCUGCUUUAGCACGACUCACACCAUCUCAGAAAUAUGUGUUUGAUUCAGUUCUCUCAAUCUUUGGCAAAGAUGUGGCAGAAAACAUCCGGAUUCUGGUGACAUUUGCAGAUGGCCAGCAGCCACCAGUUCUAGAGGCCAUCAAAGCUUCAGGUGUCCCAUGUCCUAAAACAGAUGAUGGGCUGCCAGUUCACUUUACAUUCAAUAAUUCAGCCUUGUUUGCAGACAACAAAUCAUCUGUGACCAACAACACAGGUGAUGAUGAAGAUGGAGGUUUUGAUCAGAUGGUUUGGAACAUGGGAACAAAAAGCAUGAAGAGGUUCUUUGAUGCUCUGAAUGUCAUCCAAACCAAAAGCUUGAAACUGACAAAGGAGGUCCUCAGAGAGAGACGGCAGCUCGAGGAUACAGUUGAAGAUUUGCAGAAGAAGGUUAAACUUGUUUUAGCCAAGAUGGAAGAAAUAAAACAGACAUCAAAAAAACUCAAAGAUCAUGAAGCAGAGAUGAAGAGAAAUGAGAACUUUGAGAUUGAAAUAACUGUCACAAAGCCUUAUCAACAUGACAUUUCAGGUAGUGGAAACUACACCACCAACUGUCAGGUGUGUCAUUAUACCUGUCACUAUCCUUGUAGAAGAGCAGAUGACAAAGAUAAAAUACACUGUUCUGCAAUGAAAAAUGGAUUCUGUACUCAGUGCCCAAACAAAUGCCAAUGGAAUGUACACUUUAGUCAGAAGUACAGGUGGGAGUACAAGGAAGUGAAAGAAAAACAACCACUGCAACAGCUGAAAGAAAAAUAUCUGAAAGCCACAGGAGAGAAGACGACAGUUCGGGGAGUGAUUGAUAAGCUGAAGGCUGAAUAUGAUCAUUUGCAUGCUGUGGUACUAAAACUGAUUGAGAAAUCCUCCAAGUGUCUGAACAGACUUAGAGAGAUUUCACUGAAGCCCAAUCCUCUCUCCACUCCAGACUACAUUGAAAUGCUGAUUGAAGGAGAGAAAUCUGAGGGCAAACCAGGCUGGAAAGAACGAGUUGAGUCUCUGAUGGACAUGAAACAAAAAGCAGAAUUAAUGGUUAAAGUAGAGAAAAGAGAAAAAUUCCUGUAGAGUCCAGAAUCUGCAGCCACAUCCUCAAAACAGAACUAAACCCAACACAGACGUAGAACCAGAGUCAGAUGAUGAUAGAAAGUAACGUCCAGCCAGUUACAGCCUUAUUUGAUAGAUUUAAAAAAAAUAAUCACAUCAGUUGUACAUUUUAAUAUCGCUGCAAUAUAUACAUACACAUUUCUUCUGAUUUCUGCUUUAAUAUUUAAUGUAAUAUAGCCACUCAAUUAUGUGCCACAAUUUAAGAAAACUUCUUUCACCAAUGCAAAAAAAGAAAAAAAAUCUAUUCCUGUUAAUUGAUUUUAGUUUUGAUGACAUUAACAGUUAUUGCAUAUAUUUUCUGAUAUUAAACUUAUUGAUCUGUACUGAAUUCUAUCUGAUUGUGUUGUUGUUAUGGUGAUAUUUUCAUCUCUUUCUUCAGUGUUCCAGCUGCUUUUAAACACUUUGUGGUUCAACCUCAUAUCAAAGAGAAAAAUCUGAUUCUCAGUUCUGUCCUCUAUAACUUUAGAUUUUUGAAGCCACUAUAAAGUUGUGACAUGUAAAUAUCUGAGAUUCUGCUGUCAGUCUCCGUCAUCAAUCAAAGCCAUCAGAUUAGUAUCAGUGAACAUCCUCUGAUCACAUUUCCUUCACUUGUAUUCUUCCACUGCAGCUGUUGUUCAUGUUAGAAAUAAAAAUCAGCCUCCAGUUUCCAGCAGAACGUUGCUCACUAAGUAGCUCUGUGAGCCUAGAAAACAUGAUCACAUGAAAUUCAUGGACAUUUUUCACACAUUUCACUUUUCUGUCAAACUGUUCAGCUGAUAAUCACUGAAAGAUGAAAAUGUAUGAAACUGAAAACAACUGAAGAAUCUUCACUGGUGGUUUCAAUGUUUUAGACUCCACUGUUUCAUCUAAUAAUCAUCAAUAAAUAUGUUUCAUUAUGA